CUAUAAUAGCUUUCAUGGUGGGAGGUGGGGUAUUUAUUGUAGGCUAUUUUUAAUGAGGCCUGAGUUUUUCUCUUCCACCAACUCUGUGUGAGUUCAUUUAUUUUUACAUGUUUUUCACAUGUUGCUCACUACCUGUAGCAGUAGCAUAUGUGCUGACUGUACAGACAGUCAUUCUAACCACAGCUUUAUUCCUCAGGUACACGUGGCACAGAGCACACUCUGUACAGAGGGAGUUUGAACAGCAGUGAGGUGAUGCUAAUCUGCCGUUCUCCAGCCUCAUACAGAACAGCAUAUUGGCAAUGGGAGCCAUCGUCUGGGACAAAUGCAAUCCGUGUGGCCUCAGCUGAUAAAUAUGAGAAUGCUUCGAUUUCCAUGGAGGUAGAUAAAGAGAGAUUCUCAUCUGAGGGCUUUGAUGGGUCUAAUUUUCCCCUGAGAAUCUCACCGGUGAAGUUUGGAGACAGUGGAAGGUACUUCUGCUACUCUGAACACUCCCUGAUGGCCACAGUAAUGCUGGUAACUGUUCAGGUCUCAGCACUGCCCCCUGGUGGUCUGUCCAGGAAUCAGUCAGUUGUGCAGAACUGUGAGAUAUCACAGGUGAUCGGCUCUGUGACCCUGGCCUGGCUCCGGAUGAAGGGGGGCAGGGGGGAGCUCGUAAAACAGGAGGUCAUGAGUGAGAGGCACCCACAGAAAAUGCUCAGUCUCACCCUGCCCAUUCUGAGCAGAGAGCAGCUGCACUGGGCCUGUGCAGUGUUCACAGGGAGCAUGCUCAGAGCACAGGUCCCCCUCACACUGCCAACACCCAUCACUGAACCUGAAGAGCCAAAGCCAGAUAAUGGCAGGGUGCAGGUGAUCGGUUUGGCCUGUACUGCUGCUGUGUGUGUUGGAGUACUGUUGCUGUUAGGAGGUCUGUUGUUUCGGCGUCUGAAAACAGCAGCAGGUCCCUCCUCAUCACCAGCUGAAGGGAACGGUGCAGCUGAUACAGUCUACAGUAAUGUCACAGAUCUGCAGCAGGGUCAAGCAGUGGAUGAGAAUGGUGAUUCCAGUGCAGCUGGUGCAGUCUAUAGUAAGGCACAGAAAGUCGCAGAGCUACAGAAAGAUCAAGGAAACCCAGAUACCCCGAAAGAGGAGAAUGACAGUGAGGAGCUCCAGUACUUAAUAUUUUCCUUGACCACUCCCAGUCUGGGUAAGUUUGUUAUACUAAGUGUCAUCCUAAUAAAAUGAGUAUAUUACUCUUGCCAGUUUACUCUCCAGUGAAUACAACGGGAGUAACAUCUAAAGUUUGGGCACACAUUACCUUAUGAAAGGGGUGCAAAACUUCUUUCCUGGAGGGCUGGUGGUGGCUUUUAUUCCAACCAAUUAUUCUGGUCUAAUUUUCUAAACCACAGUUUUCACCAAUGCUGUUCACUCCACUGCUGAAAUGCACCAACUAAAGAUAUACUUUGUUCAAUCGGCAGCUGCAGCUCCUAGCUUCUCUAAAAUUUCAGAGCAAAUAAAUGAUUGAAAUAAUUAAAUCAUUACAAGCAGACGGAUCCUGAAAUGAUAAAUGAAGGUGGAUAAAAAGUGGAUAAAAAGGUGCUGGAGACUGGGCAGAGCAGGCUGUGGCGGCCCCUGCUGGAGACUGGGCAGAGCA